CAGCAGCCCUGGGGGCCAGCAGCCCCGCCGCCACGGUCACCGCGCACCCGCGGCCUCCGGCACCGGCGCCUCCGGCCAGGAUGGCUCCUCAGAUCUAGACAGGGAGACCAGAGCAGUGCCAGAAAUCCCCAUCCAAGUGACAGUGGGACUGGGAUAGAGGAGCUGCCGUGAGGAUGUCCGAAGCCAAGCCCUUCAGCAUCUCUUGCCUCGUGCUUUCCUUGCUCUCCUUGCACUGGGCUUUGCUCCAGCUGGGCCAGGCUUUUCCCAGCACCUCUGACUACCUCCAGCGGGGCUGGCAGCGGCUGCUGGAGGAAGGGGAGGGCUGCACUGAGUGCCAGCCAGAGGAGUGCCCGACGCCACGCGGGUGCCUGGCAGGCACGGUGCGGGAUGCCUGCGGCUGUUGCUGGGAAUGUGCCAACCUGGAGGGACAGAUCUGUGACCUGGACAACACCAACCACUUCUACGGCAAGUGUGGAGAGCACCUGGAAUGCCGUCUGGAUGCUGGGGACCUGCGUCACGGAGAGGUGCCUGAGCCCCAGUGUGCCUGCCUCUCCCACCUGGCCCUCUGCGGCUCUGAUGGCAAAACCUACGCCCAGAUCUGCAAGUUCCUGGAGGCAGCCCAUGCUCACCCCGAUGCCAACCUCACUGUAGCCCAUGAAGGUCCCUGUGAGUCAGAGCCUCAGAUCACCUCUCCUCCCUAUGACACAUGGAACAUUACUGGGCAGGAUGUCAUCUUCGGCUGCGAGGUCUUCGCCUACCCCAUGGCAUCCAUUGAGUGGAGGAAAGAUGGCACAGAGAUGCUGCUGCCAGGAGAUGACCCCCACAUCUCUGUCCAGUUCAGAGGUGGCCCCCAGAAAUACGAGGUGACAGGCUGGCUCCAGAUCCAGGGCGUGCGGGUGACGGACGAGGGCACGUACCGCUGCUUCGCCAGGAACAGGCUCGGGGAGGUGGUGGCACUGGCCAGCCUGACCGUCUUCACACCGGACCAACUCAACCUGACAGACUUCUCCCUGCUGAAGCCCCGCACGACACCUGAGGACUACAGGGACAGUGAGGAGGACUACUACUAGCCCAGAGAUGGCAUGUUCAGCUGCAGAGAUCACCUUGCCCACAGCGACCCUUCCCUGGGGCUUGGGGACAUCUCUGGACAAGCAUCCUCUGGCCCAAAACUCCUUUUCUGAACAGUCCUGCUACAACAGCCUGUUGUUUGGGGUGGGGGACAGGGUGACACAACCUUUUGAGGUGCUAGGGGAUGGGAUACUGGCUGGUUGGCUAGGACUGGGACCAGGGACAGCUCUGCCUGGAGCGGGGUGGAUCUGUCCUCUGGCACUGAGUGGAGACACGAUGGCAGGUAGGACACGGUGGGGACAGCUGUGCUGUGUGUGAUGAGGACUUGGUGCUGGGGAUGGAGACAGCCUCCUUUAGGGGAGUGAGGCCAGGGCAGGGGCAUUAUGUCCUGUAUGAAUAAUUUCUGGGGAAGCUGAGCAGAGAGCUGGGACCUGACUGUGAUAACCAGCGUGUCACACCCCCCUGGCCCCCUCCAUCUGCUCUGUAUCCCCCAAGCACAGAGACAUCCCAGCUUCUCCCCAGAACCCGAGGAACCUGCUGCCAAAACACCCUUCUCUUCUGUUUUGUUUUUAACCAGAAAAGUAGUGAUUUGAGGAAACCAGGCACUUUUGGCUUUCAGGGCUGUCUUUUCUCCAGCUGAACCACCCUUGUGGUCAGAAACACUUUGGCCUUUUUUUGACUGACUGAAUUUUUCCCUUCCAUGCCUUUGACUGACUUCAUGCUUUCCUUUGUCAUUUCAGUUGAUGUUAUUUAAAAUAUACAUGUAGGUCAAA